AUGGACGUUGAUACGGAUGUUCCUAUGCAUGAUGCAGUUGAAGAUCAAUUGGAUCCCACUUUAGAUGAGGGUUCUACAGGAUACGACAAUGGGUUGACCAAUUUGUCGCCUGGGACUUCAGGAAUAGCAGAUAAUAAAUCAGCAAAGCCUGUGGAACUGACUUCCUCGAGCAUUGGUCAAUUGGAUGGUUGGUUAGAGAAGCUAAGUCAAUGCCAGUAUCUAUCGGAGGAGGAUGUGGGAAAGCUAUGUAAAAUGGCUGUUGAUGUUCUUCAGUUUGAGGAUAACGUACAACCGGUUUCUGUUCCAGUUACGAUAUGUGGUGAUGUGCAUGGGCAGUUUCAUGACUUAAUCGAACUAUUCAAGAUAGGUGGGCCAUGUCCCGAUACCAACUACUUGUUCAUGGGUGAUUACGUCGAUAGAGGUUAUUACUCAGUAGAAACGGUGUCUUAUUUGGUCGCAUUAAAAGUUCGGUACCCAAACAGAAUCACUAUUCUUAGAGGUAACCACGAAUCCAGACAGAUUACCCAAGUUUACGGUUUUUAUGACGAAUGUCUAAGGAAAUAUGGUAGUGCCAACGUUUGGAAAAUGUUUACAGAUCUGUUUGAUUACUUCCCAAUCACUGCAUUAGUCGACAAUAAAAUCUUUUGUUUGCACGGUGGUCUCUCGCCAAUGAUUGAAACAAUUGAUCAGGUAAGAGAACUAAAUAGAAUACAGGAAGUUCCCCAUGAGGGACCCAUGUGCGACCUACUAUGGUCAGAUCCAGACGAUAGAGGUGGUUGGGGUAUAAGUCCAAGAGGUGCAGGUUUCACGUUUGGUCAAGACAUUAGUGAGCAAUUCAACCACACAAAUAAUCUAUCAUUAAUUGCAAGAGCUCAUCAAUUGGUAAUGGAGGGUUAUGCCUGGUCGCACCAACAAAGCGUAGUUACUAUCUUCAGUGCACCAAACUACUGUUAUAGAUGUGGUAACCAAGCAGCUAUUAUGGAAGUGGAUGAUACGCUUAAUAGACAAUUCCUUCAGUAUGAUCCGUCAGUGAGACCUGGAGAACCAACUGUGAGUAGAAAGACUCCAGAUUAUUUCUUAUGA